AUGAAUAAUAUUUUACAAGUGACACGGUCAGCCGCACGCCACUGCUGUGUCCAUUUCCGAAGUCGAUUAACAACGGCAACUUUAUUAUCUGUUACUAGGAAUAAACUAUUUUACGAUGGCCGUUUUUAUUGCUGUCAGCCUCUUCUCUCGAUUCCUUGCUUUCAGUACCGAAAGCCGAAUGCGAUAGUCGAUGAACGAAAGCGAUUUUUAAUACGAGAGGAGGCAGCGGUUUCUCACUCUUAUUUACUUCACUGUUUUUUUCCUGUACGCGGCAUGGCUGGUCACAGCAAAUGGCAAAAUAUUAGACACAUCAAAGGUGCUAAAGACAAAGAAAAAUCGCAUUUGUCGUCAAAGUUCGCUCAGCGGUUACGAGUUGCGGUCAAAGAGGGUGGUAAUGACCCAAAAUACAAUCCCAAGCUUGAAAAGCUGAUUGCUGAAGCAAAGAAAGCAGACAUGUCCAAUGCUAUGAUAGAGAGUGCAAUCAACCAAGCUAAACUAAAAUCAUCUAAUUCUUCCUUUGUUGAGGUGAAAUUCAUUGGGAACUGCGUCCUUCUCAUAGAGAUCAUGACAAGCAAACUGCAGUUAGCCAGGAAUGAAAUGCAAACAGUCUGUCGGAAACAUGGAGGUAAAAUUGAAAAUGGUUGCACUCAGGGCCUCUUUGAGAAAAAAGGUAUCAUUCAUGUGAUGACAACAGAAAAACCAGAUUUGGAAUCAGCUUUGGAAUUGGCAAUUGAUGUUGGUGCCGAAGAUGUGUCUGUGGUAUCAGAUGAAGAUGGUGCCCAUUAUCUUCAGUUUGUUACUGGCGAAAAAAAUCUUGGUACCGUGAGAAAGACAUUGGAAGCAGAUAACCAUAAUGUGACAUAUUGUGAAUAUGAAUAUCUACCAAUCCAGCUGUACCCUUUAGAUACACAUGGAAUUGCCUCCCUUGAAAUGCUGGUCAACAAACUUUAUCAAUAUCCGGACGUUGUCAAAAUAUUUAACAAUGCUGCUCAACUAGAAUAA